AUGAAGUUCAACAGUGUUCUCGCCGUUUCCUCCCUUCUGGUCCUGGCUACUGCCCAGUCCACCACGACCACUUCCACAGCUACGGCUACCGCUACUCUGUCGCCCGAGGCUUCGUGCGCAGCCAAAUGCAACGCUGAUGACGUUUGCUGCCGUGCUGGAUGCUACAAAGUCCCCUGCCCCAGCGACCAGCAGGCCAACGACACUGUCAGCUGUGUUGCUGCCUGCCCCCAGGGCUCUGGUUCCCCUAGUGACACCGACAAGUAUGCUGCGUGCCAGAGCAGCUGCUACAGCAGCCACUUCUUCCCUGCGACUGCCACCCUGGGCGGUUCCAGCGCCACUGGCUCCGGCUCCAAGGACGCGACUGCCACCAACAGUGACUCUGCUGGCAGCAGCAAGGAGACCGGCUCGUCUGGCUCCGACUCCUCCAAGACCUCUGGCUCUUCUAGCAGCGGUACCCGCAGCGGCUCUUCCGCCAGCUCGACCGCCAACGCUGCUCCCAUCAGCCAGCUACAGCUGGGCGUCUCGGCCGCCGGUCUCUUUGGCUUCGUUCUCGCCGCGUGGGCACUGUAG